GCGGUUUGUGCAGACGCAGGCAGCAUGUCCGCCCCCACAGACCCAGAGGUGAAGGAGCUGAACCCAGUCGACUUCAUCCAGCUACAGCAGUACAUUGACUGUGAGUACAUGCAGGCAGGAAGCCUCCUCAGCUCUGCAUCGCCUUCCCCUUUACACCCACACGCUUUCAUAUAUGGAAGUGGUGGUGGCUGUCUCUUACUAUGUAUCUGCAAAAUGUGGCAGAAUUGCGCCCACAAUUUUUCUUGGUAGAUCCGUGGAUUCAGACAUUUUGUGAACAUCAAUGUUAAGGAACAUUUAAGAGUAGAAAACUGGAUUUCUUAUCAUAGUGUCCGUUAUCCAUUUCAAUUCCAAUGCCAUAAUACACCUGUCAUGUAAUACAGCUGUCAUGUUGCUAUGUAGAACAUGAUAUAAUAUAUUUGUUGAUUUCCGCCUACAGUGCCUUCAGAAAGUAUUCAUACCCCUUGACUUAUUCCACAUUUUGUUGUGACAGACGGAAUUCAAAAUAGAUUAAAUAUUUUUUUUCUCACCCAUCAACACACAAUAAUACCCAAUAAUGACAAAGUGAAAACAUGUUUUUUGACAUUUCUGCAUAUUUAUUGAAAAUGAAAUAUCUAAUUAAUAUACAGUAAAUAUUCACACCCCUGAGUCAAUACUUUGUAGAAGCACCUUUUUUGGCAAUUAUAGCUUUGCGCCAUCUUGGGUAUGUCUGUAUCAGCUUUGCACAUCUGGAUUUGGGGAUUUUCUCCCAUUCUUCCUUGCAAAUUUUCUCAAGCUCUAUUAAGUUAGAUGGGGAGCGGUGGUGAACAGCAAUCUUCAAGUCUCUCCACAGAUUUAAAUGGGAUUCAAGUCUGGGCUUUGGCUGAGCCACUCAAGGACUUUCACAUUCUUGUUCUGAAGCCAUUCCAGCAUUGCUUUGGCUGUAUGCUUGGUGUCAUUGUCCCGUUGGAAUGUAAAUCUUUGCCCCCAGUCUAAGGUUGUUUGCACUCUGAAGCAGGUUCUCAACAAGGAUUUGCCUAUGUUUGGCUCCAUUUAUUGUUCCCUCUAUCCUUACCAGUCUCCCAGUCCCUGCCGCUGAAAAGCAUCCCCAUAGCAUGAUGCUGCCACCACCAUGCUUCAUGGUAGGGAUGAUGUUAGACAGGUGAUGAGCUGUGCCUAGUUUUUUUCAGACAUAGCGCUUUGCAUUCAGGCCAAAGUGUUACAUUAUUGUCUCAACAGACCACAUAAUCUUUUGCCUUAUGCUCUGUCUUUCACGUGCCUUUUUGCAAACUCCAGGCGUGCUGUCAUGUGACUUUUUCUCAGGAGUGGCUUCCAUCUGGCCACUCUCCCAUAAAGGCCAGGUUGGUGAAGUGCUGUAGAGACUGUUGUACUUCUGGCAGGUUCUCCCAUCUCAGCCAAGGAAUUCUGUAGUUCUGUCAGAGUGGUCAUUGGGUCUUGGUCACCUCCCUGACCAAGGUCCUUCUUGCCUGGUUGCUCAGUUUGGUCGAACGGCCAGUUCUAGGGUAGCUCCAUAUUUUUUCCAUUUCCCAAUGAUGGAGACCACUGUGCUCUUGGAAAAUUUCAACACUCUAGAAAUUGUUUUAUACCCUUCCCCAGAUAUCGACCUCAUCAUAAUUCUAUCUCGGAGAUCUACGGACGGUUCCUUGGACUUCAUGGUAUAGUUUCUGCUCUGACAUGCACCAUCAACUGUGGGACCUUAUAUAGACAGGUGUGUUUUUAUUUCUAAAUUUCCAAACAAUUGAAUUGGCCACAGUUGGACUCCAAUCAAGUUGUAGUGACGUCUCAAGGAUGAUCAAAAUAAAUUGGAUGCACCUGAGCUCAAUUUGGAGUGUCAUAGCAAAGGGGUGUGAAUACUUAUGUAAAUGAGAUAUAUCUGUAUUUCAUUUUCAAUAAAUUUGCAAACAUUUCUAAAAACACGUUUUCACUUUGUCAUUAUGGGGUAUUGUAUAUAGAUGGGUGAGAAAUCUAUUUAAUCCAUUUUUAAUUCAGGCUGUAACACAACAAAAUGUGGAAUACGUCAAGGUGUAUGCAUACUAUCUUAUAGUAAUACUUAUAGUUUCUGAUUUAUAGUUUCUGAUUCUAUACUCAUUCUCUGUAAGAAUCAUUACUUAAACAUUCAUGUUGGUAGUACUCUAAAAUAAGAGUUUGUGUGUGUGUGUAUAUGACAAGUGUGUCUCUUCUCCUCCCAGACUGCAGGCUGAAGGUUAAAGAUGUGCUGAGGGAAUUUGAUGCAGAUGGCAGUCUGGCCCAGCACAGACAUGGAGAGGUGAGAGGAAACAAUGGCCAGGUUGAUAUCGACCCCACCACAACUCAUGUCCGCUCUCAGUCCCUCUUGAAAAAUGUCUGGGGUACAUUACUACACAGUUUGCCGUGACAUGUGAGAGUGAUUGUUAUGCUCAUGUGAUACCCAUUGGUUUUCUUUUUAGUAAAUCUAAUCUAAUUUAAACAUUAAUCCGAGAACUGCAAUAUAAAUCUAAUAAAAUAGGAGAGAAAUGUCUUCAGGGGUUAAUGAAUUUGCAAACAGCUGAAGUUAUUAAUGGAAUAACCCAGACUAUUUGCAUUGUUACCCCCCCCCCCCCCCCUCUUUUACGCUGCUGCUACUCUUUGUUCAUUAUCUAUGCAUAGUAACUUUAACUCCACCUACAUGUACAUGUUACCUCAAUUACCUCUACUAACCUGUGCCCCCGCACAUUGUCUCUGUACCGGUACCCCCUGUAUAUAGCCUCCCUACUGUUAUUUUACUGCUGCUAUUUUUAUUUUUUAUUUUUUAAUUAUCUAUUUUUUACUUAACACUUAUUUUUCUUAACUGCAUUGUUGGUUAAGGGCUUGUAAGUAAGCAUUUCACUGUAAGGUCUACACCUGUUGUAUUCGGCGCAUGUGACAAAUAUAAUUUGAUUUGAUUUUAAAUGACCUCUUCAAAUCAUGCCAAUUCUGCAAGUUCUCUGACUGAUGUUGUGCUGGCAUCAUGCAGAGUAAGCCAUUAGGUGAUUUUAACAGGACAGGUUUUCCAAUAUUGCCGAUGUCAGCAGUUGGAUUUGCCAAAUAAUUAGGGUAAAUCCAAUCUUCUCUCAUAAGAUGGAUAAAAACAACACAUAGCAACUAGGACUUAUGGACUUGAGCUAGGGGUAACAAUGGGUUACAGAACAUAAAGACUGAUAUUUCUCAAUGAGGAUGAUGACAAAGAAGCCGCACCUCUCGAAGUAGAGUAAUUAAAUGGAAAAUCUGACUAAAAGCAUUGAUCAGUCAGAAUCUCCUUUCUCUCCUUCUCUACCCAAGUCUUCUUAGCAUUGAGGUUGAGCUGCCUUGCGGUGUCAUCAUGUAUUACUGGGGCAGUUCUGUAGCGUAUCACCUAGGGAAAAGCAACUACGACCAGAAAUGGGUUUGUGGUUCAGUAUUCCAGCGGGAGUUCUGAUUUGUAGCCCUUAAGCAAAUUACUCCCCCUAAAUUAUUCCAGGAAUAUCAGGCGGCACAAAUGGAUGAAAUGUGAUUUCCUUGGGUAUCUACCAACCUGUUAUAGUCUGAGAUACAGACAAACUUCUCAGAUGGAGUUUGUGGUUAAGAACAGGUAGCCUAGCCGUUAAGUGCAUUGGGCCAGAAAUCAAAAGGUUGCUGGUUCGAAUCCCCGAGCCGACUAGGUGAAAAAAAAAUAUGUUGGUGCCGUUGACCAAGGCACUUAACCCCAAUUGCUCCUGUAAGUCACUCUGGAUAAGAGCGUCUGCUAAAUGACUAAUAAAAAACAGUUAAACAUAACACACCAAAUCCUCUCAUCAUUGUAAUGUCUAGGAAUUAUUAUUAUUAGCACCCAAAUCACUCUGCCCUAAAUCAGAAUGUUUUGAUAAGAAUAAUGAGAUCUCUGUCAUCCUCCCAUUUGAUUGAUUGAUCGAUCAUUUGAAUCAUUGAUUGAUUGAUUGAUCUCCCAUCCUCUGCUGCAGUGUAUCAAUGAGGAGGGCUUCCGUCUCUUCCUGAAGACUUAUCUGGAGGUGGAGGACUUCCCUAAGGAUCUCUGCCAGCGCCUGUUUCAAUCCUUCCAGAGCGGAACUGAACCUGAUGGGCAGGACAAUGCUAGUACGUUUAUUUACCAUCGUGUAGACGCAUAUUAUUGUCUGACUAUACUCAGCAGUUUCACUAUUCUCUGUUCUAAUUAAUUUAUCAAAGUCCACAGACAUGAAUAUGUGUGCUCUAUGUGUUAACUUCACCCUCGUCCUUCACCUCCUCUCUCAUAGAAGAGGUAUUUUUGAAGGACGUUUCGUGUUACUUCUCACUGUUGGAGGAUGGCCAGCCCAGAGACAAGCUGGAGUGUGAGUCUUGAUCUUGUUUUCUGCAACAUGCAGCAGCUCCAUACUGCAGUCUCUUUUUAUAGAUAUUUUGUUUGAUGGCUUUGUCCAAGAUUUUUAUAUGCCCAUUUCUCCCUCUUUCAGUUGCUUUCAAACUGUACGACAGAGAUGGCAAUGGAGUCCUUGACAGCUCUGUAAGGCAAUUAGUCAUAUUUUUUAUGAACUACAUAGAAAUGGGUAAUGGGUUUUGUACCAGAUUACCCAUUUCAGUGUAAUAACAUGUAAUGACUGGCUGUUGUUGAAGGAGAUAUCACCUUAUACCCUUUCAUUUCACAAGGUAUAUCAGGUCUUCUGCUAACAAUAACUGACGCUCUCCUUUCUGUAUGAACCCAGGAGGUGGACCGGAUCAUUGCUCAGAUGAUGCACGCUGCAGAUUACCUUGGCUGGGAUGUGUCUGAGCUGAGACCAGUAAGUGUGGUCAAAUAUGGGAUUUGUAACAAUAUCAUUUUAAUAGAGGGGAAAAUACCUCAAGUCUUGUGCAAAUAUCUGCUGCACAAACACCCACUCAAGAAUGCUCAUUUAGAUACUUAGUUAUAAGGCACUUUCGUUUGUUCAGGUGCUGAAGGACAUGAUGAUGGCUAUUGACGCAGACAGCAGUGGCACGGUCUCUCUGGAUGAGUGGGUGGAGGGAGGAAUGAACAAUGUCCCCCUGCUGGUGUUACUGGGUCUGAAGGUGGGUGAACCAUGUUCCCCUGCUGGUUCGUGUUCAUUAGGGACAAAAUGGAAGAAAACUAGCUGAUACAGGGAGGAACUACCUGAACUUGUCCAAUAAUAAGAAAUGCAUUUUUUCCCCAUUGCAAAACAUUUUGCUACGGUGUGCCUUAAUGAACACGACUCUUGUGUUACUGGGACUGAAAGUAAUCGGACCAUCCAUCACUCAUUCCUCUUUAUUGCGUCAGCAGGUUUUUUGUGGCGCCUGGGCUGGGAGGAGUACACAUGAUACAUCCUCUUGAUCUUAUUUCCUAAUGCAUGUUUAUACUGCUAAUGUACUGUUUUUCUACCAGAGCUUCAGCAAUAUGCCACCGCCUCCACCAGUCUCUGGAGUUUAUCUUUCAUCUAUCUCUCUCUCUCUCUCUCUCUCUCUCUCUCUCUCUCUCCCACUCUCUCCUUCUGCGCCACCCUUCUGCUGACUCAGUGCUGCAGGCCUGCUAAUGUCGUCUCUUUCACAUAUACACUACCGGUCAAAAGUUUGGACACACCUACUCAUUCAAGGGCUUUUCUUUUCUUUUUACUAUGUUCUACAUUGUAGAAUAAUAGUGAAGACAUCAAAACUAUGAAAUAACACAUAUGGAAUCAUGUAGUAACCCAAAAAGUGUUAAACAAAUCAAAUUAUAUUUUAUAUUUGAGAUUCUUCAAAUAGCCACCCUUUGCCUUGACAGCUUUGCACACUCUUGGCAUUCUCUCAACCAGCUUCAUGAGGUAAUCAACUGGAAUGCAUUUCAAUUAACAGGUGUGCCUUGUUAAAAGUUAAUUUGUGGAAUUUCUUUCCUUCUUAAUGCGUUUGAGCCAAUCAGUUGUGACAAGGUAGGGGUGGUAUACAGAAGAUAGCCCUAUUUGGUAAAAUACCAAGUCCAUAUUAUGGCAAGAACAGCUCAAAUAAGCAAAGAGAAACGACAGUCUAUCAUUACUUUAAGACAUGAAGGUCAGUCAAUAUGGAAAAUGUCAAGAGCUUUGAAAGAUAAUUCAAGUGCAGUCACAAAAACCAUAAAGUGCUAUGAUUAAACUGGCUCUCAUGAGGACCGCCACAGGAAAAGAAGACCCAGAGUUACCUCUGCUGCAGAGGAUAAGUUCAGUAGAGUUAACUGCACCUCAGAUUGCAGCCCAAAUAAAUGCUUCACAGAGUUCAAGUAACAGACACAUCUCAACAUCAACUGUUCAGAGGAGACUGUGUGAAUCAGGCCUUCAUGGUCGAAUUGCUGCAUAGAAACCACUACUAAAGGACACCAAUAUAAAGAAGAGACCUGCUUGGGCCAAGAAACGUGAGCAAUGGACAUUAGACCGGUGGAAAUGUGUCCUUUGGUCUGGAGUCCAAAUUUUAGAUUUUUGGUUCCAACCGCCGUGUCUUUGUGAGAUGCAGAGAAGGUGGACGGAUAAUCUCUGCAUGUGUGGUUCCCACCGUGAAGCAUGGAGGAGGAGGUGUGGGGGUGCUUUGCUGGUGACACUGUCAGUGAUUUAUUUAGAAUUCAAGUCACACUUAACCAGCAUGGCUACCACAGCAUUCUGAAGCAAUACGCCAUCCCAUCUGGUUUGCGCUUAGUGGGACUAUCAUUUUGUUUUCCACACAAUCAAUGACCCAAAACACACCUCCAGGCUAUGUAAGGGCAAUUUUACCAAGAAGGAGAGUGAUGGAGUGCUGUCUGGCCUCCACAAUCACCCGACCUCAACCCAAUUGAGAUGGUUUGGGAUGAGUUGGACCGCAGAGGGAAGGAAAAGUAGCCAACAUGUGCUCAGCAUAUGUGGGAACACCUUCAAGACUGGUGGAAAGCAUUCCUCAUGAAGCUGGUUGAGAGAAUGCCAAGAGUGUGCAAAGCUGUCAUCAAGGCAAAGGGUGGCUAUUUGAAGAAUCUGAAAUAUAAAAUAUAUUUUGAUUUAACACUUUUUUGGUUACUACAUGAUUCCAAAUGUCAUAGUUGUGAUGUCUUCACUAUUAUUAUACAAUGUAGAAAAUAGUUUUAAAAAAUAAAGAAAAACCCUUCAAUGAGUAGGUGUUCUUAAACUUUUGACCGGUAGUGUACAUAUACUGCAUCUCUGCACCACCAGCAGAGUGAGUUAGGCUUUUUCCAUUUGAGCUAUUACUUUCGACCACAACUCCAUCUAGCAUCAUCCUCUGCAUCAAUUAGUAGUAACUACAACGCAAAGGAAGGAAAUAAACAUUGAUUGUUACAGUAUAAAGAGGAAGUGAUUUAUGUUUGAAUCAAACUAAUUGGGGUGCCACUGCCACUCUGAUCUCCCAAGUGCUGAUAGACUGUGUCUGGAAAUACUAGUAUCUGAGUAAAUAUCUCGGUAUAGUGGGUAGGCCUACUUAUUGAUAAUGCAGUUUGCUUCUGGGUCUGUUAGUUGACUGCCUGGCAAAGUGGACUGUCUGGCUAGCUGACUGUGAAGGUCUGAACUGUAAACUGGUCUCUCUCGCGCCCCUACAACAAUGCCAGGGACUUCCCCUCAGGCUAUUUCAGGCCACCAAUGAGAGUCAGAGCACUCUCACUUUGCUGAGUUUAGGGGCUAUGCUUCAUACACUGACUGAAAGUCUGGCUUUGAGCUGAGGCACCAUGAGUCAUUUAAAAAACGUUUGUAAAAGCAUUUGUUACUGUCGAUUUCUGUCUAAUCUGGAUAAGAGCAUACAGUGGGGAACAUUUUUAUUUAGUCAGCCACCAAUUGUGCAAGUUCUCCCACUUAAAAAGAUGAGAGAGGCCUGUAAUUUUCAUCAUAGGUACACGUCAACUAUGACAGACAAAAUGAGGGAAAGAAAUCCAGAAAAACACAUUGUAGGAUUUUUAAUGAAUUUAUUUACAAAUUAUGGUGGAAAAUAAGUGAUUGGUCUAUAACAAAAGUUUCUCAAUACUUUGUUAUAUACCCUUUGUUGGCAAUGACAUAGGUCAAACGUUUUCUGUAAGUCUUCACAAGGUUUUCACACACUGUUGCUGGUAUUUUGGCCCAUUCCUCCAUGCAGAUCUCCUCUAGAGCAGUGAUGUUUUGGCGGUGUGUUUGGAAUCAUUGUCAUGCUGAAAGACCCAGCCACGUUUCAUCUUCAAUGCCCUUGCUGAUGGAAGGAGGUUUUCACUCAAAAUCUCACGAUACAUGGCCCCAUUCAUUCUUUCCUUUACACGGAUCAGUCGUCCUGGUCCCUUUGCAGAAAAACAGCCCCAAAGCAUGAUGUUUCCACCCCCAUGCUUCACACUAGGUAUGGUGUUCUUUGGAUGCAACUCAGCAUUCUUUGUCCUCCAAACACGACGAGUUGAGUUUUUACCAAAAAGUUAUAUUUUGGUUUCAUCUGACCAUAUGACAUUCUCCCAAUCCUCUUCUGGAUCAUCCAAAUGCACUCUAGCAAACUUCAGACGGGCCUGGACAUGUACUGGCUUAAGCAGGGGGACACGUCUGGCACUGCAGGAUUUGAGUCCCUGGCGGCGUAGUGUGUUACUGAUGGUAGGCUUUGUUACUUUGGUCCCAGCUCUCUGCAGGUCAUUCACUAGGUCCCCCCGUGUGGUUCUGGGAUUUUUGCUCACCGUUCUUGUGAUCAUUUUGACCCCACGGGUUGAGAUCUUGCGUGGAGCCCCAGAUCGAGGGAGAUUAUCAGUGUCACACUCCAUGUCUUCCAUUUCCUAAUAAUUGCUCCCACAGUUGAUUUCUUCAAACCAAGCUGCUUACCUAUUGCAGAUUCAGUCUUCCCAGCCUGGUGCAGGUCUACAAUUUUGUUUCUGGUGUCCUUUGACAGCUCUUUGGUCUUGGCCAUAGUGGAGUUUGGAGUGUGACUGUUUGAGGUUGUGGACAGGUGUCUUUUAUACUGAUAACAAGUUCAAACAGGUGCCAUUAAUACAGGUAACGAGUGGAGGACAGAGGAGCCUCUUAAAGAAGAAGUUACAGGUCUGUGAGAGCCAGAAAUCUUGCUUGUUUGUAGGUGACCAAAUACUUAUUUUCCACCAUAAUUUGCAAAUAAAUUCAUUAAAAAUCCUACAAUGUGAUUUUCUAGAAAAAAAAUCUCAAUUUGUCUGUCAUAGUUGACGUGUACCUAUGAUGAAAAUUACAGGCCUCUCUCAUCUUUUUAAGUGGGAGAACUUGCACAAUUGGUGGCUGACUAAAUACUUUUUUCCCCCACUGUAUAAAAUCUGUGACCUUGUUACUGUGUUAUUUAAAAACAUUCAUUCCAUUCUCAGAACAUUAAAACGUUCCAUAUAAACCACAAGAACUUUAGUAAUGUUCAGAAAACGUUCUAAGAAUGUUAUUUAAAAACAUACAGAACCUUAUGAAAGUAUUCAUGCCCCUCAACUUAUUCUAAAAGAUUUUGUUACAGCCUGAAUUGAAAAUGGAUUUAAAAAAAUAAAAUAAAUUACACCCAUCUAAACUCAAUACCCCAUAAUAACAAAGUGAAUACAUGUUUAGAAAUUGUUGAUAAUUUAUUGAAAAUUAAAUACAGAAAUAUCUCAUUUACAUAAGUAUUCACAUGCCUGAGUCAAGACUUUGUAGAAGCAUCCCUUGGUGGCGAGUACAGCUUUGAGUCAUCUUGGGUAUGUCUGUAUCAACUUUGCAAAUCUGGAUUUGGGGAUUUUCUCAAGCUCUGUUAAGUGGGGAGUGGCGGUGAAUAGCAAUCUUCAAGUGCUGUUCACCGCCUCCUUUUUCUCAGGAGUGGCUUCCGUCAUGCCACUCUUUCAUAAAGCCCAGAUUGGUGAAGUGCUGUAGAGACUUCUGGGAGGUUCUCCCAUAUAGCCAAGGAACUCUGUAGUUCUGUCAGUGGUCACCUCCCUGACCAAGGUUCCUCUUGCCCGGUUGCUCAAUUUGGUCAGCUCUAGGCAGUGUCUGGGUAGUUCCAUAUUUUUUCAAUUUCCAAUGGAGACCACUGUGCUCUUGGAAACUUUGAACACUCUAGAAAUUGUUUUAUACCCUUCCCCAGAUAUAGACCUCAUCACAAUUCUAUUUCGGAGAUAAACUGACAGUUCCUUGGACUUCAUGGUAUAGUUUCUGCUCUGACGUGCACUGUCAACUGUGGGACCUUUAUAUAGACAGGUGUGUUUCUUUCUAAAUCAUGUCCAAACAAUUAAAUUGGCCACAGGUGGACUCCAAGUUGUAGUAAUGUCUCAAGGAUGAUCAAAGGAAAUUGGAUGCACAUGAGCUCAAUUUUCAGUGUCAUAGCAAAGGGCUGCGAAUACUUAUGUAAAUUAGAUAUUUAUACAUUUCAAUGAAUUUGCUAAAAUUUCUAAAAACAUGUUUCACUUUGUCAUCAUAGGGUAUUGUGUGUAGACGGGUAAGAUAAUUGUUUUAUUUAAUCCAUUUUUAAUUCAGGCUGUAACACAACAAAAUGUGGAAUAAGUCAAGGGGUAUGAAUACUUUCUGAAGGCAAUGUAUACAUUCAUUUCUCAACGUCAAUAAAAUUCUCCCUAUCACAUUUUUCUCCCCAAUUGGUAGUUAGUGUUGUCACAUCGCUGCAACUCCCCUACGGACUCGGAAGAGCCAUGCGUCCUCCGAAACACAACCUUGCCAAGCCGCACUGCUUCUUGACACACUGCUCGCUUAACCAGGAAGCCAGCCGCACCAAUGUGUCAGAGGAAACACCGUCCAGCUGGCGACCGAAGUCAGCAUGCAGGUGCCCGGCCUGCCACAAGGAGUCGCUAGAGCGUGGUGGGACAAGGAAAUCCCGGCCUGCCCUAACGACGCUGGGCCAAUUGUGCGCCACCUCAUGGGUCUCCUGUUCACGGCCGGCUGUGACACAGCCUGGGAUCGAACCUGGGUCUGUAGUGACGCCUCAAGCACUGUGAUGCAGUGCCUUAGACAACUGUGCCAUUCGGGAGGCUCUCUCUAUCUUGUUUAUGUGUGUUGGCUGUGCCCACUAAUUGGCCACACCUGAUCUUAAUGAGUGCUUGUUUCCUUUGAAAUGGGGUCUGUUUGAAUAAACUAAAAUGAACAGCUUUGUAUGCGUAAAAAGGCCUGGCAUGCUAGCUCUACCCUGGUGGCGCAGUAGACUAAUUCCAUGGACAGAGAAUAGAAGAUAAUAGGUUCAAAUUUCACUGAUGCUGCGUCACAAUAGAAAAUAAAAUGUUCCAAGCAAAUGAAUUUCUAUUUGUACUUGCAGUGUCAUUAAAUGCCUUAUUGAAACAUUCACUAAAGGUUUUAAGGAAGUUAUUUUAAAAACAUCUGAAUAACCUUUACAUUUCGUUCUUAAUGUUAAGAAAACGUUUAAUAAUAACCAUAAGAGAAUGUUCUCAGAAUGUUAUUUAAUUAGCUUCAAAUAACCUAUAAUUUCCGUUCUAAGAGCGUUAAUAAAAUCUCCCAGGAAAACAUCCAAGGAACUUGAGUAAAAGGUUCUCAGAACCUCCAUGCAACCUAAAAACAAAUGUUCCCAGGACAGUCUUACCGGUCAGAAAAUAUAGUUCCCGGAACCAAUCUGAAAACCAAAAACACACUACACACGUUCCCACAACUUCCAAGGAACCAACCCACUGGGCACACACUGGUUGAAUCAAUGUUGUUUCCACGUCAAUGACGUUGAACCAACAUGGAAUAGACGUUCAAUUGACAUCUGUGCCCAAUGGGAAAUGUGCUAGCUGGGUUAGGAUUGGUGUUGCUUAAGAGACGCAUCAAAAGGGCUUAUAUUUACCCAAGGAGAUUCCAUGGAAAUACGGUAGACAUGUACAUUCCAUUCCUCAUUUAAUGUUCAGGUCUACUAUGAAGCAUAGUUUCUUCUCAGGCAUCAUGGCACGCUAAGGCCAUAUGAUUCAAAAGCCAACUGUAAAAACCAACACAACUGUCAUUCUGGGAGUGUCAACUCACAGAGACGAUUAUUUUUGCUGCUAACAGAAUCACUAAUAGCAAAUGGCACCACAAUUUCCAACCAUGAGACAAUAUUAGAAUGAGAUGUGUAUCAAUGCUUGCAUUGCUUACAUAGUGUUUUCCAAAUAUGAGAUCAGAUUCAGACAUUUUAACCUGAGAUUCAGUGUUUGUUCUAGAAGUGUGCAGAAAUGGUCAACAAACUUGUUUUUGACAUAAAGAUUCAAAAGCACAUGCUUUAUAUAUUUCAUUGAUGAUAACAUAAGAUGUAUUUUCUCCCCCUCCACCCCCAGAUGACUCAGAAGGAUGGGCAGCACCUAUGGAGGAUGAAGCAUUUCAACAAGCCUGUCUACUGCAAUGUGUGUCAGAGCAUGCUGCUAGGACUGGGGAAACAGGGGCUUUGCUGCACCUGUGAGUGACACUGUCUGGUCUCACCACCAGAGGGCAAUACAACUUAACUUUCUCAAUCCACUCAAAGCAGAAAGACGUCAAUCCUGAUCAUGCAAUUAAAAGCAAAUUAGUGAAAUCUCACUCUCAUAACCGGAUUACGCUAAAAUGUACGCUAAAAUAUGUCAUAAUGAUCUAUGACAUCCCUGCGUUGCAGUAUAUUUCCAAACAAUUUUCAUAUAAAAACAAUUAAGUGGCAAUAUUUAUUGCCUACUUAAUCGUCAGCCUCGUUUCUAGUCUUGAUUUAACAUGAUUAAUUAAAUCAUUAAACAAGAGAGAAUAACAAUAAUAGUUCAACAAUGGAGACACAUAAUGCAUUCUUCACUUGUCUUUGUUUUCAAGGCUGUAAAUACACGGUCCAUGGACGCUGUGCCAACAGAAACCCAGCUCCCUGUACCAGGACCUAUGUCAAGUCUAAGAAAGACACAGGGGUAUGAGUGUUUUUUUCCCCAAACAACUGCAAAUUCCAUUGUAAAAUGUUAUCUUAAUAUUUCCAAUUCCUCUUCAUUCUUAGUGGAUGUUGUAAUUUGAAUGUCUGAGCCAUUCUCUUUGUCCCUGUGUAUGUACAGUAUGUCUGUCUUGCAUCUUACUGGGCCUGUGUCUCCUGCCUCAGGUUCCAACCCAUGACUGGGUCAGUGGGAACUGUGACUCUGGGAAGUGUGACAAGUGUCAGAAGAAGAUAAAGAGUUAUCACGGACUGACGGGCAAACACUGUGUCUGGUGCCACUCCCUGGUGAGGAGGGAGGGCUCCUGAGUAGCCCUGUGGUGGGGAGAGUCAGGCCCCUUACAAUUACAUUUACAUUUUAGUCAUUUAGCAGACGCUCUUAUCCAGAGCGACUUACAGUUAGUGAUUACAUAUAUAUAUAUUUUUUUUUUAUACUGGCCCCCCAUGGGAAUCGAACCCACAACCCUGGCGUUGCAAACGCCAUGCUCUAUCAACUGAGCUACAUCCCUGCCGGCCAUUCCCUCCCCUACCCUGGACGACGCUGGGCCAAUUGUGCGCCGCCCAUGAGUCUCCCGGUCGCGGCCGGCUGCGACAGAGCCUGGAUUCGAACCAGGAUCUCUAGUGGCACAGUUAGCACUGCGAUGCAGUGCCUUAGACCACUGCGCCACUCAGUGGUCUAAGGCCAGAUGUUUUCUUCCAAGCAGAGGAUUUACAUUAGUCUGUUCAUGGAGUGGUCUUGCAAGAGCUACGUCUGGAACUACGUACUUUAAUAAUUAAGCACUGGGGUGGUGGAUGGGUUAAGUUAUUUUUGUUUUUUUAAUAAAAAGAAUAGACUCACAGCUGUAGAAAUAAUGAAAUUGUUAUAUACAGUGGGGGAAAAAAGUAUUUAGUCAGCCACCAAUUGUGCAAGUUCUCCCACUUAAAAAGAUGAGAGAGGCCUGUAAUUUUCAUUAUAGGUACACGUCAACUAUGACAGACAAAUUGAGAAACAAAUAUCCAGAAAAUCACAUUGUAGGAUUUUUAAUGAAUUUAUUUGCAAAUUAUGGUGGAAAAUAAGUAUUUGGUCACCUACAAACAAGCAAGAUUUCUGGCUCUCACAGACCUGUAACUUCUUCUUUAAGAGGCUCCUCUGUCCUCCACUCGUUACCUGUAUUAAUGGCACCUGUUUGAACUUGUUAUCAGUAUAAAAGACACCUGUCCACAACCUCAAACUGUCACACUCCAAACUCCACUAUGGCCAAGACCAAAGAGCUGUCAAAGGACACCAGAAACAAAAUUGUAGACCUGCACCAGGCUGGGAAGACUGAAUCUGCAAUAGGUAAGCAGCUUGGUUUGAAGAAAUCAACUGUGGGAGCAAUUAUUAGGAAAUGGAAGACAUGGAGUGUGACACUGAUAAUCUCCCUCGAUCUGGGGCUCCACGCAAGAUCUCAACCCGUGGGGUCAAAAUGAUCACAAGAACGGUGAGCAAAAAUCCCAGAACCACACGGGGGGACCUAGUGAAUGACCUGCAGAGAGCUGGGACAAAAGUAACAAAGCCUACCAUCAGUAACACAAUACGCCGCCAGGGACUAAAAUCCUGCAGUGCCAGACGUGUCCCCCUGCUUAAGCCAGUACAUGUCCAGGCCCGUCUGAAGUUUGCUAGAGUGCAUUUGGAUGAUCCAGAAGAGGAUUGGGAGAAAGUCAUAUGGUCGGAUGAAACCAAAAUAGAACUUUUUGGUAAAAACUCAACUCGUCGUGUUUGGAGGACAAAGAAUGCUGAGUUGCAUCCAAAGAACACCAUACCUACUGUGAAGCAUGGGGGUGGAAACAUCAUGCUUUGGGGCUGUUUUUCUGCAAAGGGACCAGGACGACUGAUCCGUGUAAAGGAAAGAAUGAAUGGGGCCAUGUAUCGUGAGAUUUUGAGUGAAAACCUCCUUCCAUCAGCAAGGGCAUUGAAGAUGAAACGUGGCUGGGUCUUUCAGCAUGACAAUGAUCCCAAACACACCACCCGGGCAACGAAGGAGUGGCUUCGUAAGAAGCAUUUCAAGGUCCUGGAGUGGCCUAGCCAGUCUCCAGAUCUCAACCCCAUAGAAAAUCUUUGGAGGGAGUUGAAAGUCUGUGUUGCCCAGCGACAGCCCCAAAACAUCACUGCUCUAGAGGAGAUCUGCAUGGAGGAAUGGGCCAAAAUACCAGCAACAGUGUGUGAAAACCUUGUGAAGACUUACAGAAAACGUUUGACCUGUGUCAUUGCCAACGUGUACCUAUGAUGAAAAUUACAGGCCUCUCUCAUCUUUUUGCACAAUUGGUGGCUGACUAAAUACUUUUUUUCCCCACUGUGUAUAUAUAUAUACACACAGUUCCAGGCAAAAGUUUGGACACACCUACUCAUUCAAGAGUUUUUCUUUAUUUUUACUAUUUUCUACAUUGUGGAGUAUGGAAAAAGCCUAACUCACUCUGCUGGUGGUGCAGAGAUGCAGUAUAUGUACACUAUCGGUCAAAAGUUUUAGAACACCUACUCAUUGAAGGGUUUUUCUUUAUUUUUUAAAACUAUUUUCUACAUUGUAUAAUAAUAGUGAAGACAUCAAAACUAUAAAAUAGCACAUUUGGAAUCAUCUAGUAACCAAAAAAGUGUUAAAUCAAAAUAUAUUUUAUAUUUGAGAUUCUUCAAAGUAGCCUACUUUGCCUUGAUGACAGCGUUUGGCAUUCUCUCAACCAGCUUCAUGAGGAAUGCUUUUCCAACAGUCUUGAAGGAGUUCCCACAUAUGCUGAGCACUUGUUGGCUGCUUUUCCUUCACUCUGUGAUCCAACUCAUCCCAAACCAUCUCAAUUGGGUUGAGGAUGGGUGAUUGUGGAGGCCAGGUCAUCUGAUGCAGCAUUCCAUCACUCUCCUUCUUGGUCAAAUAGCCCUUACACAGCCUGGAGGUGUGUUUUGGGUUAUUGAUUGUGUGGAAAACAAAUGAUAGUCCCACUUUUUUGGUUACAUGAUUCCAUAUGUGUUAUUUCAUAGUUUUGAAGUUAGUAAUUUACUGUAUAGAAAUUAGUAAAAAUAAAGAAAAGGUAGGUGUGGCCAAACUUUUGACUAGGAAUGUGUGUGUGUGUGUAUGUACAGUGGGGGAAAAAAGUAUUUAGUCAGCCACCAAUUGUGCAAGUUCUCCCACUUAAAAAGAUGAGAGAGGCCUGUAAUUUUCAUCAUAGGUACACGUCAACUAUGACAGACAAAAUGAGAAAGAAAAUUCCAGAAAAACACAUUGUAGGAUUUUUUAUGAAUUUAUUUGCAAAUUAUGGUGGAAAAUAAGUAUUUGGUCAAUAACAAAAGUUUCUCAAUACUUUGUUAUAUACCCUUUGUUGGCAAUGACACAGGUCAAACGUUUUCUGUAAGUCUUCACAAGGUUUUCACACACUGUUGCUGGUAUUUUGGCCCAUUCCUCCAUGCAGAUCUCCUCUAGAGCAGUGAUGUUUUGGGGCUGUCGCUGGGCAACACGGACUUUCAACUCCCUCCAAAGAUUUUCUAUGGGGUUGAGAUCUGGAGACUGGCUAAGCCACUCCAGGACCUUGAAAUGCUUCUUACGAAGCCACUCCUUCGUUGCCCGGGCGGUGUGUUUGGAAUCAUUGUCAUGCUGAAAGACCCAGCCACGUUUCAUCUUCAAUGCCCUUGCUGAUGGAAGGAGGUUUUCACUCAAAAUCUCACGAUACAUGGCCCCAUUCAUUCUUUCCUUUACACGGAUCAGUCGUCCUGGUCCCUUUGCAGAAAAACAGCCCCAAAGCAUGAUGUUUCCACCCCCAUGCUUCACAGUGGGUAUGGUGUUCUUUGGAUGCAACUCAGCAUUCUUUGUCCUCCAAACACGAUGAGUUGAGUUUUUACCAAAAAGUUCUAUUUUGGUUUCAUCUGACCAUAUGACAUUCUCCCAAUCCUCUUCUGGAUCAUCCAAAUGCACUCUAGCAAACUUCAGACGGGCCUGGACAUGUACUGGCUUAAGCAGGGGGACACGUCUGGCACUGCAGGUUUUGAGUCCCUGGCGGCGUAGUGUGUUACUGAUGGUAAGCUUUGUUACUUUGGUCCCAGCUCUCUGCAGGUCAUUCACUAGGUCCCCCCGUGUGGUUCUGGGAUUUUUGCUCACCGUUCUUGUGAUCAUUUUGACCCCACGGGGUGAGAUCUUGCGUGGAGCCCCAGAUCGAGGGAGAUUAUCAGUGGUCUUGUAUGUCUUCCAUUUCCUAAUAAUUGCUCCCACAGUUGAUUUCUUCAAACCAAGCUGCUUACCUAUUGCAGAUUCAGUCUUCCCAGCCUGGUGCAGGUCUACAAUUUUGUUUCUGGUGUCCUUUGACAGCUCUUUGGUCUUGGCCAUAGUGGAGUUUGGAGUGUGACUGUUUGAGGUUGUGGACAGGUGUCUUUUAUACUGAUAACAAGUUCAAACAGGUGCCAUUAAUACAGGUAAAGAGUGGAGGACAGAGGAGCCUCUUAAAGAAGAAGUUACAGGUCUGUGAGAGCCAGAAAUCUUGCUUGUUCGUAGGUGACCAAAUACUUAUUUUCCACCAUAAUUUGCAAAUAAAUUCAUUAAAAAUCCUCCAAUGUGAUUUUCUGGAUUUUUUUCUUCUCAAUUUGUCUGUCAUAGUUGACGUGUACCUAUGAUGAAAAUUACAGGCCUCUGUCAUCUUUUUAAGUGGGAGAACAUGCACAAUUGGUGGCUGACUAAAUACUUUUUUCCCCCACUCUAUGUGUGUAUAUAUGUAUGUAUGUAUGUAUAUACAAAGCCAUAUCUCAGACUGCCCAUCUUAAUCUUGUAUUUGUAUUGGCCAGUCUGAGAUAUGGCUUUUUCUUUGCAACUCUGCCUAGAAGGUCAGCAUCCCGGAGUAACCUCUUCAAUGUUGACGUUGAGACUGGUGUUUUGCGGGUACCAUUUAAUGAAGCUGCCAGUUGAGGACCUGUGAGGCAUCUGUUUCUCAAACUAGACACUAAUGUAUUUGUCCUCUUGCUCAGUUGUGCACCCGGGCCUCCCACUCCUCUUUCUAUUCUGGUUAGAGCCAGUUUGCGCUGUUCUGUGAAGGGAGUAGUACACAGCAUUGUACAAGAUCUUCAGUUUCUUGGCAAUUUCUCACAUGGAAUAGCCUUCAUUUCUCAGAACAAGAAUAGACUGACGAGUUUCAGAAGAAAGUUAUUUGUUUCUGGCCAUUGUAAUCGAACCCACAAUUGCUGAUGCUCCAGAUACUCAACUAGUCUCAAGAAGGCCAGUUUUAUUGCUUCUUUAACCAGCACAACAGUUUUCAGCUUGCUAACAUAAUUGCAAAAGGGUUUUCUAAUGACCAAUUAGCCUUUUUAAAUGAUCAACUUGGAUUAGCAAACACAACGUGCCAUUGGAACACAUGACUGAUGGUUGCUGAUAAUGGGCCUAUGUAUGCCUAUGUAGAUAUUCCAUUAAAAAUCAGCCGUUUCCAGCUACAAUAGCCAUUUACAACAUUAACAAUGUCUACACUGUAUUUCUGAUCAAUUUUAUGUUAUUUUAAUGGACAAAAAAAUGGCCUUUCUUUCGAAAACAAGGACAUUUCUAAGUGACCCCAAACUUUUGAACGGUAGUAUAUGUGUGUGUGUGUGUGUGUGUACAGUCGAGGUCAUACGUUUUGAGAAUGACACAAGUAUUGGUCUUCACAAAGUUUGCUGCUUCAGUGUUUUUAGAUAUUUUUGUCAGAUGUUACUAUGGUAUACUGAAGUAUAAUUACAAGCAUUCCAUACAGUGAGGGAAAAAUUUAUUUGAUCCCCUGCUGAUUUUGUACGUUUGCCCACUGACAGAGACAUGAUCAGUCUAUAAUUGUAAUGGUAGGUUUAUUUGAACAGUGAGAGACAGAAUAACAACAAAAAAAUCCAGAAAAACGCAUGUCAAAAAUGUUAUAAAUUGAUUUGCAUUUUAAUGAGGGAAAUAAGUAUUUGACCCCUCAAUCAGAAAGAUUUCUGGCUCCCAGGUGUCUUUUAUACAGGUAACGAGCUGAGAUUAGGAGCACACUCUUAAAGGGAGUGCUCCUAAUCUCCGUUUGUUACCUGUAUAAAAGACACCUGUCCACAGAAGCAAUCAAUCAAUCAGAUUCCAAACUCUCCACCAUGGCCAAGACCAAAGAGCUCUCCAAGGAUCUCAGGGACAAGAUUGUAGACCUACACAAGGCUGGAAUGGGCUACAAGACCAUCGCCAAGCAGCUUGGUGAGAAGGUGACAACAGUUGGUGCGAUUAUUCGCAAAUGGAAGAAACACAAAAGAACUGUCAAUCUCCCUCGGCCUGGGGCUCCAUGCAAGAUCUCACCUCGUGGAGUUGCAAUGAUCAUGAGAACGGUGAGGAAUCAGCCCAGAACUACACGGGAGGAUCUUGUCAAUGGUCUCAAGGCAGCUGGGACCAUAGUCACCAAGAAAACAAUUGGUAACACACUACGCCGUGAAGGACUGAAAUCCUGCAGCGCCCGCAAGGUCCCCCUGCUCAAGAAAGCACAUAUACAUGCCCGUCUGAAGUUUGCCAAUGAACAUCUGAAUGAUUCAGAGGAGAACUGGGUGAAAGUGUUGUGGUCAGAUGAGACAAAUGUAGCUCUUUGGCAUCAACUCAACUCGCCGUGUUUGGAGGAGGAGGAAUGCUGCCUAUGACCCCAAGAACACCAUCCCCACCGUCAAACAUGGAGGUGGAAACAUUAUGCUUUGGGGGUGUUUUUCUGCUAAGGGGACAGGACAACUUCACCGCAUCAAAGGGACGAUGGAUGGGGCCAUGUACUGUCAAAUCUUGGGUGAGAACCUCCUUCCCUCAGCCAGGGCAUUGAAAAUGGGUUGUGGAUGGGUAUUCCAGCAUGACAAUGACCCAAAACACACGGCCAAGGCAACAAAGGAGUGGCUCAAGAAGAAGCACAUUAAGGUCCUGGAGUGGCCUAGCCAGUCUCCAGACCUUAAUCCCAUAGAAAAUCUGUGGAGGGAGCUGAAGGUUCGAGUUGCCAAACGUCGGCCUCGAAACCUUAAUGAUUUGGAGAAGAUCUGCAAAGAGGAGUGGGACAAAAUCCCUCCUGAGAUGUGUGCAAACCUGGUGGCCAACUACAAGAAACGUCUGACCUAUGUGAUUGCCAACAAGGGUUUUGCCACCAAGUACUAAGUCAUGUUUUGCAGAGGGGUGAAAUACUUAUUUCCCUCAUUGAAAUGCAAAUUAAUUUAUAACAUUUUUGACAUGCGUUAUUCUGUCUCUCACUGUUCAAAUAAACCUACCAUUAAAAUUAUAGACUGAUCAUUUCUUUGUCAGUGGGAAAACGUACAAAAUCAGCAGGGGAUCAAAUACUUUUUUUCCUCACUGUACUACCGUUCAGAAGUUUGGGGCCACUUAGAAAUGUGUGUGUGUGUAUGUGUAUGUGUGUGUAUAUAUAUACAGUGGGGAAAAAAAGUAUUUAGUCAGCCACCAAUUGUGCAAGUUCUCCCACUUAAAAAGAUGAGAGAGGCCUGUAAUUUUCAUCAUAGGUACACUUCAACUAUGACAGACAAAAUGAGAAAAAAAAAUCCAGAAAAUCACAUUGUAGGAUUUUUAAUGAAUUUAUUUGCAAAUUAUGGUGGAAAAUAAGUAUUUGGUCAAUAACAAAAGUUUCUCAAUACUUUGUUAUAUACACUUUGUUGGCAAUGACACAGGUCAAACGUUUUCUGUAAGUCUUCACAAGGUUUUCACACACUGUUGCUGGUAUUUUGGCCCAUUCCUCCAUGCAGAUCUCCCCUAGAGCAGUGAUGUUUUGGGGCUGUUGCUGGGCAACACGGACUUUCAACUCCCUCCAAAGAUUUUCUAUGGGGUUGAGAUCUGGAGACUGGCUAGGCCACUCCAGGACCUUGAAAUGCUUCUUACGAAGCCACUCCUUCGUUGCCCGGGCGGUGUGUUUGGGAUCAUUGUCAUGCUGAAAGACCCAGCCACGUUUCAUCUUCAAUGCCCUUGCUGAUGGAAGGAGGUUUUCACUCAAAAUCUCACGAUACAUGGCCCCAUUCAUUCUUUCCUUUACACGGAUCAGUCGUCCUGGUCCCUUUGCAGAAAAACAGCCCCAAAGCAUGAUGUUUCCACUCCCAUGCUUCACAGUAGGUAUGGUGUUCUUUGGAUGCAACUCAGCAUUCUUUGUCCUCCAAACACGACGAGUUGAGUUUUUACCAAAAAGUCAUCUGACCAUAUCACAUUCUCCCAAUCCUCUUCUGGAUCAUCCAAAUGCACUCUAGCAAACUUCAGACGGGCCUGGACAUGUACUGGCUUAAGCAGGGGGACACGUCUGGCACUGCAUGAUUUGAGUCCCUGGCGGCGUAGUGUGUUACUGAUGGUAGGCUUUGUUACUUUGGUCCCAGCUCUCUGCAGGUCAUUCACUAGGUCCCCCCGUGUGUUUCUGGGAUUUUUGCUCACCGUUCUUGUGAUCAUUUUGACCCCACGGGGUGAGAUCUUGUAUGGAGCCCCAGAUCGAGGGAGAUUAUCAGUGGUCUUGUAUGUCUUCCAUUUCCUAAUAAUUGCUCCCACAGUUGAUUUAUUCAAACCAAGCUGCUUACCUAUUGCAGAUUCAGUCUUCCCAGCCUGGUGCAGGUCUACAAUUUUGUUUCUGGUGUCCUUUGACAGCUCUUUGGUCUUGGCCAUAGUGGAGUUUGGAGUGUGACUGCUUGAGGUUGUGGACAGGUGUAUUUUAUACUGAUAACAAGUUCAAACAGGUGCCAUUAAUACAGGUAACGAGUGGAGGACAGAGGAGCCUCUUAAAGAAGUUGUUACAGGUCUGUGAGAGCCAGAAAUCUUGCUUGUUUGUAGGUGACCAAAUACUUAUUUUCCACCAUAAUUUGCAAAUAAAUUCAUUAAAAAUCCUACAAUGUGAUUUUCUGGAAAAAUUAUUCUCAAUUUGUCUGUCAUAGUUGACGUGUAUCUAUGAUGAAAAUUACAGGCCUCUCUCAUCUUUUUAAGUGGGAGAACUUGCACAAUUGGUGGCUGACUAAAUACAUUUUUUCCCCACUGUAUAUAUAUAUAUAUAUAUAUAUAUAUUGUAAUAAAACCGGCAGGAAGCAGGUAUCGAACCUUCUAGCCCGAAGUCCUAGCUAGGUGUGUCCAAACUUUUGACUGGAACUAUAUAUAUAUAUAUAUAUAUAUAUAUAUAUAUAUAUAUAUAUAUAUAUAUAUAUAUAUAUAUAAGCACUUUGUCUACUGUUGAUGUAAAAAAGGGUUUUAUAAAUAAAAUGUUAUUGGCUUUAUAAAUUAAUAAUUUGAUAAGAGCUAGCUAUAUCACUGGCUGCUACUCUGUUCCAGCGCCAUGAUGACUGUCUCUCCCAGGAGCCCUCUGACUGUAACUGCGGAACUCUCAGAGACCAUAUCCUCCCCCCCUGGGCCAUCUACCCUGUUAUAAAGGUACAGGAUCACCUACUGCCCUAUUACAGUUGUCCAACACUGUAAAAUGGCAUUUACUUUAUAAAGCUCACAUAAAGAUAAUGUUAAGGAACCUCUACUGUGCGAAAUAACUGUUUUCUUCUCUUAAAUACAACAUUCACUCGCAUGCAAUGGUAAUAGUAGGAUAUAAUGACCACCCAUUAUAUCAAAAUUAGAGUUUUAAAGCGUUUGUUUACAUUUUCUUUGUUUACAAACAUUGGAGAAAAACAAGUUUAUAUUUUGGGUUCUGAUGGGGUACGACAGUUAAACUAAGCUCAUGAGGCAUUUAUAAGAUAUAUAAUUAAUUUAUAAGUCCAAAAAUGUAUGUAGCAACUGCUGAUUUCCCCCUUUUAAAGUAUAAUUGAGAAAUAAUUAAUUCAAAUUGGAACAUUUGUGACAUUUUGGCCUUACCCAGGCCUCCUUUAAGACUCCAUAAUAUUGAAUCUGUAGGUGCUACAAAAAUUGGUGUCAUAUGAAGCUUUACCGCUUGCUCUGUAAUAUGAGUAGUAUUUUGAUUUCAAUAACAAUUUUCUUACAUUAAUUAAUGAAUAUUGAAAUAUAUAAACAUGAAAUAUUGAAAAGAUGCCAUUUUAGAUUUGGCAAUUUUUUCAAUAUAUCAUUGAACAUGACAAUACUCUACAGGCAUUUCAAAGUUCCAAAGUGGGAUCUCUGCUAGUUUUAUAAGUUAUGGCCUUUUUUAAAGCGGCAAUAUAUAACUUUUUGGGCGACCUGACCAAAUUCACAUAGAAAUGUGAGUUAAAGAUCUGUCAUUCUCAUUGAAAGCAAGUCUAAGAAGUGGUAUAUCUGUUCUAUGUUUGCAAAUUUCUAUGCUUCCAGUUCGUAAGUUUGCAUUUUGCAUCUUUAACUUUCGGUUUUGUACACUAGCUGAAAAUACAAUAUUUUUUGUUAUGUAAAAUAUUUCACAGCGGUUUAGAUGGUACAAUGAUUCUCUACACUAUACUUGCUUGUUUUGUCACAAACUGAAAUUAGGCAACUAUUAGAAUUUUAGCAACCUGGAAAUGGCGGAGCGAUUUCUGUAUAGUGCACCUUUAAACAGAGAAAUUGGCAUAGUAACCAAUCACACGCCUCCUUUUACUUGUAUCAUUGCACAUUCUGCAAAUCACCAGCAGAGGUCAACCAUUAUGAAUCCAUUUUCACAUUCACUCUGGUGGUAAUGCUUCCAAAUUGGAUCAUAACUCUAAAAGUAGCAGAGAUCCAACUCUGGAACUGUGAUAUGCCCGUAGGCCAGUGGAGGCUGCUGAGGGGAGGACCGCUCAUAAUAAUGGCUGGAACGGAGUCAAUAGAAUGGCAUCAAACAUGUGGAAACCAUGUGUUUGAUGUAUUUCCACUGAUUAUGCUCCAGCCAUUACCACAAGCCCAUCCUCCCCAAUUAAGGUGCCACCAACCUCAUGUUCCGUAGACAUAUAGUAUAAUUAUGUUUAACAAGAUAUUGAACAUCUUGCCAAAUAAAAAAGUAUAUAUUUUCUAUAUUCAUAAAUAGAUAUAAGAAAAUUGUUAUCGAAAUCAAAAUACUACUCAUAGGCCUCCCGAGUGGCGCAGCGGUCUAAGGCACUGCAUCGCAGUGCUUGAGGCGUCACUACAGACCCGGGUUCGUUCCCAGGCGUAUCACAACCGGCCGUGACCGGGAGUCCCAUAGGGCGGCACACAAUUGGCCCAGCGUUGUCCGGGUAAGGGGAGGGUUUGGCUGGGGGGGCUUUACUUGGCUUAACCAGCCGCACCAAUGUGUUAGAGGAAACACUGUUCAACCGGGCGUCUGCAGGCUGACUUCGCUCGUCAGUUAAACAGUGUUUCCUCUGACACAUUGGUGCGGCUGGUUAAGCGGGCGGGUGUUAAGAAGCGCGGUUUGGCGGGUCAUGUUUCAGAGUACGCAAGACUCGACCUUCGCCUCUCCCGAGCCCGUUGGGGAGUUGCAGCGAUGAGACAACAUCGUAAUUGGAUCGCAAUUGGAUAUCACGAAAUUGGGGAGAAAAAGGGGGGUAAAAAUACAAAAAAAUUAAAAUACUACUCAUAUAUUACAGAGCAAGCUUUCUAGCACAUACAGAUUAAACUUAUUAUGGAGUCUUAAAGAAGUCCUGAAUGUCAGAAAUAUUCCAACUUCAAUUAAUUAUUUCUCAAUUGUUUAAAGAUACAAAUGUCAAAUAUAUACUGAGUGUACAAAACAUUAGGAACAUUAGCACUGUACUUUCCAUGACAUAGACUGACCAGGUGAAUCCAGGUGAAAGCUAUGAGCCCUUAUUGAUGUCACUUGAGGGUGAAUUGGCAAGACAAAAUAUUUAAGUGCCUUUGAACGGGGUAUGGCAGUAGGUGCCAGCCGCACUGGUUUGAGUGUGUCAAGAACUGCAACGCUGCUGGGUUUUUCAUGCUCAACAAUUUCUUGUGUGUAUCAAGAAUGGUCCACCACCCAAAGGACAUCCAGCCAACUUGAUACAACUGUGGGAAGCAUUGUCCAGCAUCCCUGUGGAACACUUUUGACACCUUGCAGAGUCCAUGCCCUGACGAAUUCAGGCUGUUCUGGAGACAAAAGGGGGUGCAACUCAAUAUUAGGAAGUUGUUCCUUAUGUUUUGUACACUCAGUGUAUGUCAAUAAUCCUUCCUCCAAAGGACCCUUAUAUGAAUUAAAUGUUGUUUUUUGUUCUAGUUUUGUGAGGAAUCACCCCUCUUGGUCUUUGCUCACUUGCCUGUCCAUUCUCUGUUUACCCCCAUAAGGAGAGGCCAAACAGCAUGAAGAGCUGCUCCUCGAGCUCAGCCGACGACAGUGACCCCAACACCACUCCUGAUGGACAGGUGCUUCAGGUACGUGCUAGUACCCUGUCUAGGCCUUUCUCUGUUACAGGACCUCUGGAUAGUACUUGGUGUGAGCACAUGAACAACAGUGUCUAACUAUUUUACCUUGUUUAGAGUUUGUCACUAGGAAGUUCCUCACAGCCAUAUUCCAUCUGAAUACACUGACAAUGUAGACAUUGUGUCUCCAUUUGUGAAACUGCUGUAACCUUUUGAUGAACUAUUUAUCCCUGAACAGAUUAAUCCGGUCCCAGACACUCAUCCUCUGCUAGUGUUUGUGAACCCUAAAAGUGGAGGCAAGCAGGGAGAAAGGUGAGGCUACUUGUGAGCACUCCUACACAAAUGGGCAUUUAUUGUUUAUUUACUAACCAUGUCAAUCUUCAUAUUUUACAAUGACAAGCCCUAUUUUAUUUCAGAGUUCUGCGUAAAUUUCAGUAUUUGCUGAAUCCACGGCAGGUGUAUAACCUCUCCAAUGGUGGACCUGGACCAGGGUAAGGUUUCCCAUAUGGAUAACUGCAUAUGGUAUAGACCACUAUUAGAAUAAAAUGGAAAACGACUCUGUUCUGCUGCAUCACUAAUUGGACAACUCUGCUAUAUUUAGCUACUUUGAAUCUCAAAAAAUUACAUUUAAGAGGUUUACAUUUUAGGGAGUAUGAUUGUGUGUGAGCCUCAACUUUAAUGUUUCUGGUAAUGAAAUUAUAUUAUCUUAUUGUUUGAAUAUGCAACGGUUUUGAGACGUUCUAAAGCGAAAGUUUGUAUCAAAAUGAUAGAACAGCUCUGCUAAUUUUUUUAACAGUAGGGUAGUCUAGUGGAUUAUUUGAAACGUUGUAGAACGCUUUGCAUUCUGAACACACCCUUGGUUCUACGCGUCUUCAAACUUUUCACAGUAGAAGUCCUUUAAGUUUUCAAACCACGAAAAUUAUAGUAAACUGCUCAAAUGACCGCAGUUUAUAUAAAAGUCACCUUAUUGCUGUGUAAGCCAUUAUAAUAUUAUAUAAAUGCAUAAAAUGUUAUACAAUUUAAUUUUAAAUACGUUUUUAGGUGAAUACUUUUAUUUUGAAACUUUGGGGCACUAUAGAGGAUUUACCUAGCUAGCAACUUGCUAUCGCGUUCAGAAUUGUGCGAAUGAAUACAUUCCUCAACAAAUUCGAUGGAUUUGGAUCAAAUUAGGCUCAGUCACAGGCUAUAAACUAUGCGAGGCAAGGGAGCUCUGCGUGUUCAAACGAAAGCAGACAAACACAGACGAAAAAAGAAUUUCAGCGAAAGAGAGAUACAAGUGUUGAACAAGGAGGUCAUGCGCCACGAAAAUAUCUUACGCAUGGGAAAUAAACGGAGUGGUGAAUGGCAGCGAAUUUGGGACAGUAUUACAUGGGAAAUCAAUGCAGUGGGGGGCGCGAGGCGAACAGUAAGCGACGUGAAGCAUAGGUGGCGAGACGACAGGCUCAGAGCUAGAAAGAAUAAAGGAGUAUUGAAUAAUGCUGUACUGCACUGUACUGCUGUAGGACAUGCAGUUGUAGACAUUUUGAAGGAUCAGAUACCAUCACAGAUUGAGGCUGAGCAGCAACAGUCAAUCACUGUGAAAACAGAGGAAGAGGAAUGCACCUUCGUAAGAGAAACAUCAGUCACUGUUGUGAAAUCGGAGGGUGAGUUGUGUUAAAAACAUGACUUUAGUUUAAUUACAUUAGAUAUGGGAUUUUGCAUUUAGUUAACUUUAUGCUUCAUCUUCACUUUCAGAGGGGGCGCCUCCAUCUCUUGGAGGUUCUUUGGUUACUCCUGUACCUCCAGUCCUAUUGACACUACCUCUGGAUGGUGCUUCAGUCACACCACCUUUGGGCCCCAGCAUUAGUGCAACGUUUCCCCUCAACUUGGAGAAUAAUGGCCCCUAUCAGAAUGCAACCUCACACAAAGAAAACACAAAGUAUCAUGAUCCACUCCCUCCUUCUGGGAAGCUGACAACACUACAGUCAAUGUGCCAAGGGCUAGCCAGAUGCUCCAGCCUGCUCAGUACAGUCAGUGACAUGGCCUUGACCGUUAAUGACAUGAUGCAGCAUCAGGUUGAACACAGUCAGAAUAUGAUGAGUGUCCUGGAGAGAAUAGCAACAGCUGUAGAAAUGAGAAAUGCUGGUCUACCUCCUACCUCUCAACAGAAAUGAAACCACUGCAGUCUCCAGAAAACCAAGGCACAUCUGUCUUCGGUGCUGACUUUAACAACUGGAAUAAACUGGGAGAACAGAGAUCAUUCUCUGUACAGUAAAGUCACUGUAAACUAAAGUUUAAACAGCAGUGUUUUGAUGUCUUAAAAUGUGAUGUGCUGCUGUAGGCAUAUGGUCUAGGCACUAAUAUCAAUAAGGAUCUGAGAAAGAUAUCCAGGUCCCAAAUUGAGCAAUACUACCGAUGUCACUGAUCUUCCCAAAAUUUUACUAUGAUAGAUGAUUUUGGAUACAAUACUGUCAUUGUUAAUUUAGUUAUCUUCUACCUCAAAUUUAGUCAUCUGUGAUCUUGGUGUCUGAUAUAAACUUGGUGUCUUGCACAUAUAACCAUGAUGUUAAUCAUGGGUUAUCUCAAUGUUUUGAUGACUUUGUUAAGCAUUUUCUAUCUGAUUUAUUUUCAUAUCUUUUGUUUUUUAUAAGUUUUGUUUAGAAAUCACCCAAAAAAAUAAAAAAUAAAAUUCAGCUCUUUGUUGACUUGAAUGGCUUAUAUCUGUCUGAGAUGCCAUAACCAUCAGUGAAUGUCACUUUUAGGUCCUGUCCUGCACCCACAACAUAAUAUUAAAUCUGUGUUUCAGGCUGUCCUUCUUCAGAAAUCUGAAGGAUUACAGGAUCUUGGUUUGCGGAGGGGACGGCACUGUGGGCUGGAUACUUGAUGCCAUAGGUGGGGUCAAGUACACAAUGUUGGUAAACCAUGUGGUGUACAUGCCAGUAAACAAAUCAACUUCAGUGUAUGAGUACAAACUAUGAAUUUCCUAACCAAACACUCAUACAUGUUACAGAAAUGGCAUCCCAUGUAGUAGACAUGAGUAAUAUUGAUCUCUCUUGCUCCCCUUCUGGUUCAAUCAGACAAAGCCAAUCUUCAAGUGCGGCCACCUGUGGCUGUGUUACCCCUGGGCACAGGAAAUGACCUUGCGCGUUGUCUUAGAUGGGGAGGAGGUGAGUACAGGGUUGUCCUUCUUUCAUUAUACCUGUUGUGUGUUCACAGAUCAUAUUUCCUGUAUCGGCUGUCCAUAGUUCUACUGUAUGUGAUGAAUGAAUCACUGUCUCUGGGUGUUCAUCUUAGUUUCUUCUUUUAUGUUUUUGUACUUGUGUGUGGGACCGUUGGUAGCACAUAAUUAUCCCUUAUAGUGUACCUCUGUGGUCUGUGUAGGUUAUGAUGGGACAGAUCUGUGUCGGAUCCUGAAGGAGAUCGAGGUCAGCACCCCGGUGCUGAUGGACCGCUGGAAUGUAGAGGUGAUCCUAGAGGACCCCCAGGAGACGGGAGACCCUGUGCCUUAUGAGAUCAUCAACAACUACUUCUCCAUCGGAGUGGUGAGUUAGGAACAAGGGGACUUAAAUUCUAGCCUGGUCCCAGGUCUGUUUGUGCUAUCUUGCCAACUCCUAUGGCUAUUUUCACAUUGAAGACAGCAAAAACUGAUUUGUGACCAGGCUACAUACUUACGACACACACCAGAAUGCUUUGUUAUGAACUUUUCAGAACUUGUUGUGUGUUGACAGGAUGCCUCUAUUGCCCACCGUUUUCAUACGAUGAGAGAGAAACACCCCCAGAAAUUCAACAGCAGGUAAGCACAUUUGAAUAACCAGGCCAGAGUCAUAUAGUCCACACAUAGUACAUGUGGGGACUAGCCUUUUAGGGGUAGUCACCUUGUGCAUGGCGUAAAUGACCCUACGUUAAUCCAAUAUUUCAGAAUGAAGAACAAGUUGUGGUACUUUGAGUUUGCCACCUCGGAGACCAUCUCUGCUUCAUGCAAGAAACUGAAUGAAUGUCUUACAAUUGAGGUGAGGAUGCUUUGCGUCAGCACAUAUAAACACAGUAGCUUUCUAAAAAAAAACGUGUAUCUUAACACAUACCUCAACAGUCUGCAAACAAGCACAUAUUUUUAGCAUGCAGAAUUACAUCGAGGUUGUGGUUAACACAGGUGACCUGAUAGUUCUGUGGUAUGCCUUAUGUUUAUCUCAUUAUGGCAUCUCAUUAAGUUGCUAUGUCUGUCUGAUGUUGUACGUCCCUCAGUGCUGCAGCACCCCAUUGGACCUGAGUGGCCUUUCUAUGGAGGGGAUCGCUGUCCUCAACAUUCCCAGCAUGCACGGUGGAUCCAACCUGUGGGGAGAAGCCAAGAAGAGUGAAUGCAAGUGCUUGAGGAAUCCUCAGGAAAUGCCUAUGGUUAUUGUUGACCCUGAAGUCCUGAAAGUCAGUGGACAAGGUACAGCGAUAUCCCUUGGCAUUAACCAAGAUUUCAAAAUGUUAAAGGGUGUUUCUGGUAAAUGAUAUUGUUAGGAUAUCAUGUGAGAUGUUAUAGAGUAUCCAUUUCAAGAGGUCAGUUCUCAUGUCACAGCUGUUAAAAGAGAAACAUAAUUUUUAUUGGAAGAGGCCCUUGACCCUGGAUGGGUCGUGAAGUAGGUUUGAAUCUUAACAGCUGGUCUCAGACUGAAAACUACUGCCUCUCUGUGUGAAUUGCAUGUUCAGUGUUUCCGUCUUCCAUAACAGACCUCAGUGACCGGCGUUUGGAGGUGGUUGGCCUUGAAGGGGCCAUGGAGAUGGGACAGAUAUAUACAGGACUCAAGAGUGCUAUACGACUAGCAAAAACCUCCCAGAUCACAAUCAGGUGAGUAUUUGUGACAUGUUGAGACGUGUACAGACUGGAUGAGAUAUAAAAUGCACCUUAAAAAAAACAUUCCAUCCCCACUACUUAUCUCGCUUAUCUCUGUCCAUCUCUCAGGACUAAGAAACCUUUACCAAUGCAGAUAGACGGAGAGCCCUGGAUGCAGCCACCCUGUACGGUGAGUGCUAGGAACACAGUUUGCCAAGCAGAGUUGAAGCAGGUUCAGUUGCUAGAGACCAUUGGACUUGAUGCUAAUAAUAUGUUGUUAAUAUAACAUGGUAACAUGUUGGUAUCAUGGUAGUAACAUGGUCAUUUGAGUAAAUCAACCUUUUUCUCAUAUUCCCGCUUUAGAUUCACAUCACACACAAGAACCAGGCCAGUAUGCUGAUGGCUCCCCAGGGCCGGUCCAGCUUCUUCAGCUCAAAGUAG